AUGAUGAGUAUCAUAGUUAUCCCUGUCUCACUUAAUCGUGGGGAAAAUAUGGUGCUGAUAUUCAGUCUCAAGAUUUUGAGUUAUAUUGAUUGUGUAGGUGUAAAACGUACUCGGAUUAAUGUUCCCUAUAUGGUACCCAAUGAUGUUUCUUCCUUACAUUAUGAAGUGCUUUUGACAAGAAAUGAAGUGGAGAAAUAUUUAAUAUUAAAUGUACUGUGGGAGCUUUUCCAAAUAUUACUGAACAUGCCU